UAGCACCAAACUGCACGAGUAAUCAUAAGUAUUGUGUGAAUAACAUCAUGUGAAUAAAUACAAAAAUAAUUACAAAAUUAUACGAAUAAAUAAAGACAAAAUUAUAUGAACUAAUACUUAGGUAAGAAUUUCCGUACAUAAUGCCUAAGCAAGAUGUGCUUAGCUUAUGUAAUAGUUGUAGAAUAACAUUACCUAAACAUUAGGUAACAAUUCUGGGAUGAUAUUAGGUAACUCUCGCGUAAUAUAUGAUUUUUAUGUUUUUGUCAUAGAUAUUAGAAACAGCCGGAUACAAAUUAUAUACGAGAUCUUUGUAGGAUAUAUUACAAAAAGAGAUGUACGCUGUUUGAUUUAAUAAGAUAAAGGGCUGACCCAGCUCGGUCUUUGCGGUGGGAAUCAAACUAUGAUACAUUUGUCUAUAUCGUGCUCAUAAGAAAUCGAUAUAUUUUGAGUAAACUUUGCAUUGUUUGCCCAUGCAACUAAAAGUCUAUAACGUUAUGGUUUUCGAAAGAGAAAAAAAAGUCUUAACGUUAUGGUGAGUCAUGAGAGAGACGUAUAUCUCUCCGCUUCAAUGGCGGUGAAGAACUUAGGUGGAGUGUGUAACCGGUUGGUCCCAGACGGUCAGUUUUGACCCAAGUUGCAAAUUUCCAACAGACUUUAUCAUAGCCCAUCAUCAUUGAUCUAAUUUGUCAAAACUCUCCAUGCAUGUUUGAAAAUGCGCAGGUCAGAACUUUCCAUAGACCAUCCAUCGAGUUUCCCUCAACCAGAACGGAGUUCUAUGCUGUCGUGGAGAGUUUUAACCGACGAUUCGAGUUAUCGAGAGAAUUUGACGUAUGAAUAUUAACUAUUUCCUUAUAUGAAUUUUUUUUAUGACUCUUCUACUUCCGCCCGUAGGUCUGAACUUUCCAUAGACCGCCGAUGGAAUACUUGCAGGCGAGUAAGACCGUCAUCCCUGUUUUGACUAUCGUAUUGUAGCUAUCCAUGAAAGGUAGCUAGUUUUCUCCCCACCUCUACAAUUCCUGGUUUCUUUUCUCGACCUAUGAUCAUUUUUUUCUAAUAUCAUAAGAGAAAAGUCAGAUUAUUUUAUAAUUUUACCCCUGACCAUACUAAUAUUGGAAUUUUGACUUUUUCCCCCCUGAAAACAAUUGAAAAUUCCAAUCUGCCGGCGGCCCUAAACCGGUACCGUGAACUAUGGACAAAGAGAUAUAGCUAUUGCAUGUUUUUUCUUUAAACAAUUGUAUUUCGGUUUUACUUAUAUCUCUUUCCACGUGGGCGGCGCCAUGCAUGCAUGCUAAAGCCGAUCACCAGGCCACCUAUUUAAACAUUUCCCACCCCACGCAUCUCUUCUCAUCCCACAGACUAACUAAUCAAUUCUCCAUAGCCAACCAGCUCGCCCAUCUACAGCCAUGGAUCUUGCUUCAAUACUCUUCGCACUUUCGGGAGUCCUCUUCCUUCUGAUCCUCCACAGGCUGGUGGUCAACCCUAGCAACGGAAAAGCCAAACCCCUGCAAAUCCCGGAAAUCCCAGGAGGCUUGCCCUUCAUCGGCCACCUCCACCUCCUCGGCGGCGAAGACACGCUGGCCAGGAAGCUGGCCUCCUUCGCCGACAAGCACGGCAGCAUGUUCGCCAUCCGCCUCGGCGCCUACCCCACCGUUGUGGUCAGCGACUUCGAGUCCAUGAAGGACUGCUUCGUGAAAAACGACAGAGCCCUCGCCGCCCGCCCUCCUUCCACGCAGGGCAAGAUCCUCGGCAACAACUUCGCCGUCUUCGGGUUCGCCUCCUACGGCGAGUACUGGCGCAACGUCAAGAAGCUCAUCAUCACCGAGAUCAUGUCCCUCCCCAGGAUCAGGGCCCUCAGGCACGUCCAGGUCUCCGAGGUGGACGUCCUGGUCAGGGACCUCCACCUCCAGUGCAGCCAGCAGGUUGAUCACCACGGUCAGGUGGUGAUCAGCGACUGGCUGCAGAAUUUCGUUCUCAACAUCAUCACCCGGAUGGUGGCAGGAAAGAAGUACUUCGAGAACCUGGCAGACAGCGUUGGCCUACAGGCCGAUGCUGGAGGCCGUCCCGUCGGUGAACUCAUCAGGGAGUUCAUGGACGUGAACGGGUCGCUCGUGUUGUCGGAUCUGAUCCCGAUCCUCGGGUGGAUCGACAUCAAGGGGAUGAAGAAGGCAAUGAGGAGGAUCUCCAAGGAGCUGGACGUGAUCGUGGACGGUUGGAUCGACGAGCACAAGGUGAAGAGGAACAAGUUGGGUGAGAACUUGGUCCCCGAGGAUUUCAUCGACGUCAUGCUCUCCGUUGUCGAUGACAACUUCGACCCUUCUUCCAAACAUGACAAGGAAACCAUCAUAAAGUCAACCGCUAUGGCGGUGAUUAUUGCGGCGGCGGAUACGACAUCGGUGACGCUGACGUGGAUGCUGUCGAACCUCCUGAACAACCGGCGAGCCAUGGCGGCGCUGAAGCAAGAGAUCGACGAGAAAGUAGGGAAAGACCGGAUCGUGGAGGACUCCGACCUCGAAAACCUGACGUACCUGCACGCGGUGAUAAGGGAGACGCUGAGGAUGAACCCGGCGGGGCCCAUCUCGGUGCCGCGCGUGGCGUCGGAGGACAUCACCAUCCGUGGCUACCACGUGCCGAAGGGGACGCGCUUCUUCGCCAACUUCUGGAAGCUUCACCGGAACCCGGAGAUGUUUCCGGAGCCGGACGAGUUCAGGCCGGAGAGAUUCCACGAGAAGGAGGUGAAGGUGGACAUCUACGGGAGGGAUUUCGAGUACCUGCCGUUUGGCACCGGGCGGCGGUCGUGCCCCGGGAUGAACUUCGGGAUGCAGGUGGUGCAGCUGACGGCGGCGAGGCUGAUCCAGGCGUUUGACUUUGGGACGCCGUUUGACCUGCCGGUGGACAUGACGGAGGCCGACAGUACCACGCUCGCCAAGGCGAAGCCGCUGGAGGUCGUGCUGACCCCACGCCUUUCGCCGGAGCUUUACCAUCUGUCUUGAUUAUUUAUUUAUUUAAUUAGGAGUUAAUCAUCUUAUCCAGCCGCCGCCGCCAGCCAGAUCGUAAUUAAACAUGCUUUAAUUAAUUAUUGAUAUAAUCUAAUAUAAUAUAAUAUAAUAACCAGGGUCCUGGGUGGUGUUAUAGUGAGUGAGUAUAGAGAUCCUCUGCCCCUUCAGAGACCGUUUACAGAGAGAUGGUAAUAUAUAUGUAAUAACUGGCUUCAUAUUUAUUUGUUUUUUUUUUUAAACCUUCAUGAAUUUGAUUCAUAUAUAAAGAUACCACCUUUGAUUGCACUUCAUUUGUCUUCAGCGAAGUAUGUUGUUUAGAUACCAGGGAUUUCAUUCAUUCAUAAUGAUUGUUGUAUAAGCAUAUCCAUUAAUUAAGUUGAUUAUGCUAACCUUAAAUCGACUUUGCUGCUUUAAUUAGUCUGAAAGUUGCGGUCAUGGGACAAUCAAAGUACCACGUCGGUAAAACAAGAGAAGGAAUUCCCGUAUAUUAGUGUCUACCUAGCCCAAUUAGUACGAUGCAUUUUGGGAGGACACCCAACAGUAAAACCGUGCGGGCUUUGCCCAAAGCGGACAAUUUCGUAUUAAUGGGCUGCCCAAUUUGACAAGUGGUAUCCGAUCCUGGUUCGGCGGAUCUGAGACGGUGGACAACAGUUUGGUGGGACCCUCAUUCGGUGGACCUUAGGAUUUGAGAUCUGCGUCUGGUUUGGUGGAUCCAGGUGAUCCACGUUUGUUUGGCGGAUCAAAGAGAGUUCCGCGUCUGAAAAAUCCUUGUAUCGAUGGGACAAUCCAAGUACCACAUCGGAAAUACAAGGGAAGGCACCCUUGUAUAUUACUGUCCACCUAGCCCAAUUAGUACGAGGUAUUUUGGGAGGACACCCAAGAUUAAAACCAUACGGGCGUGGCCCAAAACGAACAGUAUCGUACUAAUUGAGCACCCCGAUUUUACAGCAGCUAUUUAGGGUAAACUAAUUAAGGUGACUGUUUCCUCGUUUGGAUAACAGAGGACUAUGCACGUAGCCACCCAUGAAAGCUAAUUUUCUCCCCUCUAUAAAUCCUGGUUUCUUUUCUUGGCCUAAAAUUCAUUUUCAUAAUUUAAUAAUAAGAAAAAAAAGUCGGAUUAUUUUAUAAUUUAUACCCUCACCAUUGAAAAUAAUAUUGGAACUUUGACUAGCCACAUGCACUUUUUUCUUCCUUAAACAAAUCAUAAUUGGUUUACUUACAUAUCAUUCCACGUGGGCUGCUGCAUGCAUGCUCUACCUGAUCAUCCCACAAACUAGUAAUCAAUGUGGUUGUUAUCCGGUUCGAUUUAGUUAUAACUGUAAUCGUUUAGUCAGGUACAAGUUAAUCAUUAAGCAAUUUAUGCUUAUCAUUAACCACAUCAUUUAUAUUGGUCGGUUAAUCGUAGUCUGUUAUAAUCCAUAAAAAAAUUGUAGUUUGUUAUAUGUUAUUUUGUCGAUUGUUGUCGAAUUACUGUGCACACAGGUCCAUCUUUCUAUUGUGCUCCCUCUAGAACUCUUCCUUGAAAUGUUCUUAUUUGAAUCUAAGUUACUAUAGCAACUAGGAUAGGCAAGAAAAUUUGUAGACCUUCAAACAUCUAAUUAUUUUCAUCCUAUACCUAUACAGCUCAUUGAGGUAUAUUAUUUUUGGCUAUAACUAUUAUCAGGAUGACUGUAAUCGACUAGUUUGUUUAAUCAUUUAAUCGUCGAUUAAUGAUUAAUGAAAUAUGAUUACGAGAAUCUAACAGUUUACUGUUUAAUCGAUUAUCAGUGUAACUAUCAUCCUCCUGUUACAAUUUGGCUAUCAGUUACACCGCUACAAUCAUAUUUCAUGAUUUCAUCAUCCAAAGGAGACCAGAUGAUUUAGAUGCCCACAUGACAUAUCUCUGCUUUACGUGUGCCCCCUGCUUUGGGUAAUAUACCAAAAAAUUGCCU